AUGGAAUGUAUGGGCAUGCUGAGUGACAAGAAGUUUCAGACCAUAGCUGUAAAGGGGAUUCAGGGAUGCAAUGCUGGAAAAGCUGAAAAGGAUAUGGAGCCAGCCAGUAGUGCCUACAGUUCCUGGAGAGCCUCUAGGCCACUGCAUUCACCCUAUGGUCCAGGAAGUCCAUGGAAGGAAUGCCAAAUAUGCACUUGUCGAGUGGAUACUGAUGAUGCAGUCUUGGAGGUGGGAAAGCACUUAAUGAUCGAGUUAUUCCAUGUGCUACUAAGGAGAGGAGAUUCUUCACAUAUUCCAACUGCUCAUCUGCUGGAAACUCCUGACAGAGAUACUACCUCACCAGCACCUGGCAUGGUGUGGGUGCACCCAAGCGACCACUCAACAUAUACCACUUGCCCCACCUGUAGGCUGGCAGAAACUCAAGUGCCAGUCUCACAGCACCUCCAGCAGGAGCCUGACUUAAAAAAACCAGCAAGAACAGCAUCAGUAGCAGGGGCAGCAACACCACUGGCAGGAGUCCCACUUCCCACCACAGUGGGAACAGCAGCAGCAGCAGCAGUGCCACCAGCAAAAGCCCCACUUCCCACCACAGCAAAAACAGCAUCUGCACAAGGCACAUUGGGGCCACCAGUAGGAGACCCACUACCUGCCACAAUGGGAAUAACCCCAGCAAGAACAGCAGCACCAGCAGCAGAAGGCACAGUAGGGUUGCCUACAGGAACCCUGCUCCCCACCACAGUGGGACCAGUAACAAGAAGCACAGCAGGCCCCCUAACAGGAACCCUACUCCCCACCCCAGCAGGAACAUCUUCCUGCUACUACUGUUCCUGCUGUGGCAGGGAGUGGGACUUCUGCUAUGCUGUCCUGGCUGUGACAGGUAGUGGUGCCUUUACUGGUGGCCCUAUGGUGCCUCCUGUGGAUGCUGUACCUGCUGUGGCAAGGAGCAGGGGUCCUGCCAGGGCCCCUGCUGUUCCUGCUGUGGCUUCUAUUGCUGUUGUUAUUCCUGUUGUGGUGGGGAGUGGGACUCCUGCUAGGAGCCCUGCUGUGCCUACUGUUGCUGUUGUUGUUCCUGUUGUGGUGGGGAAUAAGUCUCCUGCUGGAGGCCUUGUGCCUACUGUUGCUGUUCUUGCAGUAGCAGGAAAUAGGCCUCCUGCUGUGCCUACUAUUGCUGCUGUUAUUUCUGCUGUGGUGGAGAGUGAAACUCCUGCUGGAGCCUUUCUCCUUGCCACAACAGGAACAGUAGUAGCCCUGCUUUCUGUCCCAGUAGGAACAUUAGCAGUAACAGUAGGAGGCAGAGCAGGACCCCCCAACAGGAAACACACCAGGGCUUUUGUCAAGAGACUUGCUCCUCACCCCAGCAAGAAUAGCAGCAGCAGCAGGAGGCACAGCAGGGCCCUGGCAGGAGCAAUGCUCCCCACCCCAGAAAGAAGAGCACCAGUAGGAGGCACAUCAGGGCCUUUGGCAGGAAUCCCACUUCUUGCCACAGCAGGAGGCACAACAAGCCCCCCAGCAGGAGCCCAUCUCCUUGCCACAGCAGGAACAGCAACAGCAGGAGGAGGUGCAGUAGACCCCCCUGGCAGGAGCCCUGCUCCCUGCCACAGCAGGAACAGCAACAGCAGCAAGAGGCACAGCAUGGCUGCCUGCUAG